AUGUUUCAGGAGUUAAACAUGGCAUCGUAUACACCGACAACACGUCAAGAUCAUAAUGGGAACGGUCAUCAACAUAAUGUCUAUACACGAUGCGGAUUCGAAGAUGUUGAAUUCAACAUACCGGUUCCUUCUUUCAGACGGACGGAGCACACUUUAAUGGAUACCUUUCGAGAACGUUUAAAUUUGCGUACAUAUCGUGAAUCACUGGAUACAUUCACUUGUGAUAAUGAAAUGCUUGAUGAAGAUCUUGGACAUCCGCCAGCUACGCAUGACACACCACCCGGAACUCAUAUGGGUUCAUUACAGUCAGAUUCACUACUCAGUACAACGUUGCGAUCAAGGUCUCGUUCAGAUGCAACAAGCACUCCAUUAUUUUGCCGUCAGAGUGUAGGGACAAUAGUGCUCUUUCCAAAUAGAUUAGAAAAACAAUCAAAGAGACAUAACCGUCGUGUUCGUAAUGAAAGACAUAGCGUCUGCUUAACAGAUUUACCAGAAUUGAAAAGCUGUAGUUGGUCAGUGCCAUCGAAUCAUCUAUUUGCUGAUGUAAAACCUGCCAAUGUUUCUGUCACAAAUGUUAAUGGUCAGUGGCAUCGACCAUCAAGCGCAGUCGAAAUGAGGUCGAGCAUGUGGAAUCUGACGUGUCACUCCAGUCCUAUCCAGAUCGAGGUUGAUAGAAACGAUACAUUUGAAAAGCACCAGCCUUCCUUAAUACAUACUAGCCAGAAACGUGGAGUUUUUAAUACCAAUACGUUACCAAAUGCACGGCGUGUCGAAUCGGAACCGAUAUCACCAUUCAGUAACUAUGCAAUUCUUAUCAAAGAGAGCCCAUUUAAUUUGUCGUCCGAGCAGUUACCAUUAUACCCUCCUUAUGAUGGAGCUACUCCCGAAUUCUUCAAAGUUAUUUUCGAAAGUCAGGAUGCUGUUUAUUCAUCAUUCAUGCGCGCACACAAAUGCUACGAUCUAAUUCCUACGAGUACGAAGUUGGUGGUUUUUGAUACUGAACUGACGGUGAAAAAGGCCUUUUUUGCUCUUAUCUACAAUGGAGUUCGGGCAGCCCCACUAUGGGAUAGCAAAAAGCAGGAAUUUGUUGGCAUGCUUACUAUUACUGAUUUUAUUCGAAUACUUCAAAAGUAUUAUACAAAAAAUGGUUCGAAAAAUGAAGGUAUACAGGAUCUUGAGAAACAUAAAAUAGCGAACUGGCGUGACGAACUAGAACGGGAUGGUCAUCUGAAACCACUGGCGUCCAUAAGUCCUUCUGAGAGCCUUUACCAAGCAAUUCAUGUUCUCUGCAAAGAAAAAGUGCAUCGUUUGCCAGUAAUGGAAGAGUGUACUGGUAAUAUCGCUUUCAUCCUUACUCACAAGCGAUUGAUAAAGUUCCUUUAUUUAUAUAUGAUUGAUUUGCCCCGUCCAUCCUUCAUGGAGAAGACGCCUCUUGAGUUGGGGAUCGGUACAUGGAAUAAUGUUUUAACAGUUACUCAGAAUACUGCACUAAUAGAUAUUAUGGAUAUAUUCCUUUCUAAACGGGUGUCUGCUUUACCUGUAUUGGAUGACAAUGCGAAAGUUGUUGACAUUUAUGCUAAAUUUGAUGCUAUAAAUUUAGCAGCUAAUAAAUCAUAUAUUGAUUUGGGUGUUACAGCGCAAGAAGCUUUACGGCACCGUGUUGAUUGGUUCGAGGGAGUACGUUGUUGUUCACCUGAUGAUUCACUAAUGAAGACUGUAGAAAUAAUAGUUCGUGCCGAAGUACAUCGAUUGGUGGUCACUGAUCACGAUAAGAAAGUGAUAGGGAUCAUCUCACUUUCAGAUAUAUUACGGUUUUUGGUUUUAGAACCACCAGUUACACCACCUGGAAAUGGUACUCCUGACUUUGCAAUGGAUGAUAUAAUUGGAAGUAAUGAUGAAGAAAUAUAUUGCUCGUGAAGUAAGAUUACCUCCAACUUAUUCAGUAAUGAAGAAGAGAUCGCUUUAUUCUAAAUUUGUAUUCCAAGCGCUUUUAGCCUCUUGUAAAUAUUGUCUUCCGUUGUUUUUAUAAUAGAUUCAGUACCUAUUGUUUUUAUUUUAUAUCACCCUUUGAUUUAUUUGUGUUGUGGUGCAUUUCCGUAAUUUUAGUUUCUUUACUAUUGUUUCAUUACAGAAGUAAGAGAUUUGAUCAUUCGUUCAGAAUUGAGAACGUACUCGUAGGUACAUGUGAAACUGGUGAUGGAU